UUGUGCGCCGUCGAAAAGAGCAGACCAAAGCAUUUCAAUACAAGGACACAAUAUUUGAUUUCGGUUUCUUUUAGACAAACAGCGAGCUUCGACAAAAUGGCGGCGCAACGAUUGAAAACACUUGUUUUGGCAGUUUUCUGCACUUUAUAUCUGAUAUUACAGAGCGCAACUCUUGCAAUGGGCGCAAAUACCGGUGCCAUCGGUCUAGGCGGACGCAUCAUCAAUGGCACUUUGGCGAGUCUAAAUGCGACCAAGCACCAGGUGUCGAUCAGAAGGCGUACAAAUGAUCGUAUGUACUUUGGUGCCGGACACAUUUGUGGCGGCUCGUUAAUAGAGCCGAAUGUGGUGCUCUCCGCAGCGCAUUGCUUUGUCAAUCAGGAGAUCAAUACGGGCAUUUAUCGUCCUGCUUCUGAUUACGUGGUGGUUAUGGGCACAUUGAACCGUUAUGAGCGCACCGAAUACACGCUGCAGUUCGAUAUCGCUCAGAUAGUUUAUGGCAUAAAUCCAUUUAAUUUGUCCACUUAUGAGACUGAUAUUGCUUUGGUGUUUUUGGAUGGUUCGGUGCCGGCAGGACAUCCCACUGUGCAGGCGAUUCAAAGAGCUACAACAGAGGUAGCCGCAGACACUGUCUGCCAGGCGACGGGUUGGGGUCAAACCGAAAGGGGUGUAUUGGCCACAAAUUUAAUGUCAGUUGACUUACCGAUAAUUGGACGUAACCAAUGUACCGCAGACACCGACUUCGCCAAGGGUCUGAUACGUGAUGGCAUGCUCUGCGCCGGCUAUCUGCAGGGUGAGCGCGAUGCUUGCUCAGGCGAUUCUGGUGGUCCGCUGGUGUGUGAUAGUCUGUUGACCGGCAUUGUGUCGUGGGGCAUUGAAUGUGCGUUGCCACGGCUGCCCGGCGUUUACACGGAUGUGGCCUACUAUUCCGAUUGGAUCGACAAUGAGUUGCAGAGUUAUGUGAAUAGCAUGCAGCGUGCGAAUAAUACGAGCAAUAGCACGAGACCGGGUAACAGCACCGGUAGCGGCAACAGCACUGGUGGCGGUAACAGCACAGGUGGUGGCAGUUGGGGUGGCGGCGGCGGUGGUGCCAUGUCGACGUUCUCUCAUUCCGCCGUUAUGCUCGCUAUGAUUGCCGCUUGGACUACAGUGAUGAGCUAUUUCAACUGAAAUUGUGACAUUUAUGUAUGAAUGUGAUAUUACACAAGUAUUCAACGAUUUUAUUUCAUUGAUUUUAUUUAUAAAAUAUAUGUAAUUGAAUAAAUGCGAAGAAAUGUGAAACUUUA